AUGGCCUCUCCCGCUCCUCCUGACGGCGCUUCCGUCGGCUCACCCUCCUCAUCUCUCUACUCUUCUCCUCCUCCGCCUGUAGUCCGCCGAAAGCCUCUGCCCCAGCAUGCCGAUCUAGGGAUUACUAUUGCUCACCCCUCUCCUCCUUCUUCCAUCCCUGAUAAUAACCCUACUUCCCCCCCUUCCACUACCACCCUCCCUAGAUCGCCAUCCCCCGUGGAGGGAGCCUUUUCGACAUCACCCAACCCCAAUCGAUUCUCACGCGGCGCAUACCCACCGCAACCCCUACGAAUCGACACUGCUGCCUCGGCGUCCUUCUUACACUCUGUGAUCGAGGACGAGGAGGACGACGACGACGACCAAGGGGCCGCCGACUACUUUGACAACAGCUACGAACAUCAAUUUACGAAUGGCACCUCACUGCACAGUCGUCUUGUGAGCGAACCCUUCAUUCCGGUUCUCAACUCUCCCCCUCCAACCCAAAGGCGGGCGACUACUAUGGCCUUACACCCGCCUGGGAGCCGACCACCACCACUUCAUAUCGACGUGGACGGACGGCCGCCACCUCCAAUGAGCGCGGUCGAUCCCAGACAACCCAAAACACCCGGAAACAAAAUCAGUUCUUUCUUUGGCUGGAAAGGUGCUACAUCUCCCGGAGCGGAAUCGUCCAGUACCGAGAUUUCAGAUACUGGCCGCUCACCCCUAUCAUCUCCAAUGCCUCCUCUAGCCAACGUACCCAUCAAAGCCCCCUCUCCCUACGACACCAAACCUAAUGGCUUCCACCCGCCAGUACGCAACAAUUCAAACAAAUCCUUAGGCGAUGCCAGCGUUCAGGACAGUGUAUAUGCGUCCAAGUUUGCGGACCUCGAAAAUGAAUUGCGAGAAAUCAGUUCUGAGCUGGCGGGCUCCAUCCGCCGAGAAAUGGAACUCGAAGACCUGGUUGAACGACUGCAGUCUGAAGGACCAGAUGCCAAUCGGCGUACCAGUGACUAUUUCUCCGACUCUGGAACCAGCAGCUCGAUCCGCUAUGCUCUAGACUCCGGGCAUACCGAAGAUGUCGAAAAGAUUCGACGGCAACAUGAACAGGAACGAGCGCAGCUAAAGGUUGAACUGGCCCAGAAGCUACAAGAUGAACGGUCACAGCGGACGGCAUCCGAGUCCCAUGUCCAGCUCCUGGAGAGCCAAGUGCAACAACUUCGACGCGAGAGAGUAGACUUAUCCGAUCUAUCAUCCAAGACCCGGGAACUCGAGACUGCCCUCGAAAACACGCGUCGGAAGCUGAUUGAAGAGCGGCAAUCCAAGGACAACUUCGAGGAUCUCCUGACUGCCAUGAGGGUCGAGUUGAACCAACUCCGAGACGACCGUGAUCAGCUUCGGGAUGGUGACACUCCACAGGCCGUGGCCACCCGUUUGAUGGAAGAGAAUGAAGCUCUCAAAAUUGAGAACGCCGCUUUGGCCCAGUUACAGGGCAGCCGAUUUGCCUCCAUUUCGGAAGACGGCGCGGCUCCCAAGCGGAACUCAGUCUUCGGCGGCCUCGGGCGGUCGAACUCCGUCGCACGCAUGCCUGGCAAAUCUGGUGGCCUGUCUCGAUCCAACUCUGUGACGGGUGUCAAGGAGAGCCGCGAGUCCUUGGUUGAGAAGGUCAAGGAGAUCGAAACACAGCGAGACGCGCUUCACCGGUCAUUACGAAGCCUUCUUGACCGCCAGGCGUUCCAGGCCCGCGACUUCGAGAAGCGCAUGCGGAUUCUGGAACUAGAGCUGAUUCGGACUCAGGGCUCUGCCCCUCCGCGCAGACUCGGCUACGAGAGGGAGGUACGCUACCUACGAGAGGAGGUGAGCCACCUUCGCCAGCGCGCGGAAGAUGCUUUGGAUGGCAAGUGGCAGUGCGAGAAGAACCUUGCCGGUCUCAAAAUGGAUCUGGACCGUGCCGAGCAGGAGACCACCUCUCUCCGUGUGCUGUUGCAAGAGCAUGAUGACGGGGAUCAAGCCGACGAGGUUCUGGCAACGUCAUCUUCUCUAGAAUCUGCCUACAAGCAGCUACAGGCCCAACGGAACCAGGCCGAAGGCAACGGUGCGAACUCUCAACAGCUUGUGGUCUCUAUCCAGCGCACAGAUGCUCUCGGGAACGACGUCAACCACCAACUUCAAAUGAACAGCUCUCUGCGCGAACGGCUUGCCAAUGCUAUCAACAAGGGCGAACGGGACCAGCAGUGCUCGACUGAGCGUAUCAAUAUUCUUCAGAACCGACUCAAGGGGUUGGAGGACUCCCUCGUGCAAGCUCAGCAGCAUUCCGAGGAAGAGAUGAGCAAGCAUGAGGAGCAGGUCCGCCAGCUGAAGGAAAACCACAAUUCUCAGCUCAUGCGCAUGAAGAACGGGUCGCGUGACCCCGUCACUCUCUCUCCACGACCUCCAAACACCCCCUUCGGGGCACGCUCGCCGCGUCUGGAGAAGACCACCAGCGGGGACGGUAUCCCCUUGACCGAGGUCAUCCAGCCUGAAGCCCUUGAGAAGCAGGUCAAGCAGCUCGAGAGAGCCCUCCGCGAUGCAGACAUGGAAAUGGAGGAGGUGAUCGGGCGGAUGAACCGUGCCCAAAUCGAUGUGGCUAAACUUCAAGCUGAGAGAGACGAGGCCCUCCGCCAAACCCGUCGCCUCCAGACAGACAUUCAAGCCGAGCGUGACGCCUUCAAGUCGAUACUUGGCUACUAA